AUGGCCGAACCUCAAGAGGAACCUAGAAAAGUCCUUGGUGACUUCAACAUGCCUACCUCUGACUUUUAUGGUAGAAGCAUUACUGUACUUGCCAUUGGAGCUAACAAUUUUGAGCUUAAGCCUCAAUUAGUCUUUCUUCUGCAGCAAAACUGCAAAUUCCAUGGAUUUUCACUAGAAGAUCCACAUCAGUUCUUGGCAAAAUUUUUACAGAUCUAUGAUACUGUAAAGACUAAUGAAGUUAAUCUUGAAGUCUACAAGCUUAUGCUCUUUCCCUUUGCUUUAAGGGAUAGAGCUAAAAACUGGUUGGAUGCCCAGCCUAAAGAGAGUCUUGAUUCUUGGGAAAGGCUAGUUAAUGCUAUUCUGGCUAAAUUCUUUCCUCCUCAAAAGAUGUCUGGCAAUAAUCAGGAAGCUUCUCUUCAAGAAGAAGCUUAUUAUCCUGAUCAACCCACCAUGGAGGAGGUAAAUUACAUGGGAGAACCCUAUGUAAACACUUACAACCCUUCAUGGAGGAACCAUCCUAACCUCUCAUGGAAGGAUCAACAGAAACCUCAGCAAGGUUUCAACCAAGGUGGUAGGAACCAGAAUAGGUUCAACAAUAUCCCACCAUUUCCAUCUUCUCACGGGAAUAUUAAGAGCUCUAAGCAGAGACUUUCUGACUUAGCCAUUCUAGUCUCCAGCCUCACUAAGGCCACCCAUAGUUUCAUUAAUGAAACAAGGUCCUCCAUUAGAAAUUUAGAGGUACAGGUUGGUCAACUAAGCAAGAGGAUCCCUGAGAUCCCUCCUGACACUCUUCCCAGUAAUAUUGAGGUCAAUCCUAGAGAAGAGUGCAAGGCCAUAACCAUGGAGCUUGAGGCCGAAUUGGAGGAGAAUGGGAAGUGCAUAAGUUUUGAUGACUACUCAUCCUCAAGUGAGGAUGAAGACACUAGGGAAGAGCAAGUUGCUCGAUACCUAAGAGCUCUUAUAAAGUCGAAUGCCAAGCUAUUCGCUACAAAGCCUCUAAAGGAAGAACCUCCAAUGCUUACCAAAGAACUCCAUGCUUUGGUUCAGCAAGGGCUACCUCAGAAGCUUCCAGACCCUGGACGCUUUCUGAUUCCCUGCACAAUAGGCACUAUGACCUUUGCAAAGGCUUUGUGUGACAUAGGUUCAAGCAUUAACCUCAUGCCACUCUCUGUAAUGGAGAAGUUGGGCAUACUUAAGGUACAACCUGCACACGUCUCAUUAGAGAUGGCAAACAAUACCAUGAAGAAGCCAUAG